CCCGCGGCGCGCCUGACUGAACCGCGCCGGCAGCAGCGCCGCUGUCGAACCGCCCGGGACAGGCGCCAUGGGCAGCCCGGGUCCUUCCGCUGCGCUGUCGGCGGCGCCAACGGCGGAGAGUGAGCGGGGAACGUGAGGCAUGGAUACUGACCUGUAUGAUGAGUUUGGGAACUACAUCGGGCCAGAGCUGGACUCUGAUGACGAGGAUGAUGAGUUGGGCCGGGAGUCCAAGGACCUGGAUGAGCUCGAGGAUGACGACGAUGAUGAUGAUAUGGGGGACCACGAUGAGGACCACCCUGGGAUGGAGGUGGUGCUGCAUGAGGACAAGAAGUAUUACCCCACUGCUGAGGAGGUCUAUGGGCCUGAAGUGGAGACCAUAGUGCAGGAGGAGGACACGCAGCCUCUCACUGAGCCUAUUAUUAAACCUGUGAAAACCAAGAAGUUCUCUUUGAUGGAACAGACGUUACCAGUCACUGUCUAUGAGAUGGAUUUCCUGGCAGAUCUGAUGGACAACUCCGAGCUGAUUCGGAAUGUGACUCUGUGUGGGCACCUUCACCACGGCAAGACUUGUUUUGUCGACUGCCUGAUAGAGCAGACGCACCCAGAAAUCAGGAAGCGCUACGACCAGGAUCUCUGCUAUACUGAUAUAUUGUUCACAGAGCAGGAGAGGGGAGUGGGGAUCAAGAGCACACCAGUGACCAUUGUGCUUCCAGACACCAAAGGAAAGUCUUUUCUCUUCAACAUCAUUGACACCCCAGGUCACGUCAAUUUUUCUGACGAGGUGACAGCUGGCCUUCGCAUUUCGGAUGGCGUUGUGCUUUUCAUCGACGCAGCUGAGGGGGUGAUGCUGAACACAGAGAGGCUGAUCAAGCACGCAGUGCAGGAACGGCUGGCGGUGACUGUGUGCAUCAACAAAAUAGACCGCCUGAUCCUGGAGCUGAAGCUGCCCCCUACAGAUGCUUACUACAAACUCCGACAUAUCGUGGAUGAAGUUAAUGGUCUGAUCAGCAUGUAUUCCACCGACGAGAACCUCGUCCUGUCUCCCCUUCUGGGGAACGUGUGUUUCUCCAGCUCACAGUACAGCAUCUGCUUCACGCUGGGAUCUUUUGCAAAGAUUUAUGCAGACACAUAUGGUGAUAUCAAUUAUCAGGAGUUUGCAAAGCGGCUUUGGGGUGACAUCUACUUCAACCCAAAAACGCGGAAGUUCACUAAGAAGGCCCCAACCAGCAGCUCCCAGCGCAGCUUUGUGGAGUUCAUUCUUGAGCCCCUGUACAAGAUCUUGGCUCAGGUGGUGGGGGAUGUGGACACGACCCUGCCUCGCACUCUGGAUGAACUUGGCAUCCACCUGACCAAAGAGGAAUUGAAACUGAACAUUCGACCGCUCCUACGACUUGUCUGCAAGAAGUUCUUUGGGGAGUUCACAGGCUUUGUGGACAUGUGUGUGCAGCAUAUUCCCUCCCCAAAGUUGGGAGCCAAGACAAAAAUCGAACACACCUACACUGGUGGCGUUGACUCCGAUCUUGGGGAGGCCAUGAGUGAAUGUGACCCUGACGGUCCUCUGAUGUGUCACACAACAAAAAUGUACAGCACAGACGACGGCGUUCAGUUCCAUGCCUUUGGCCGAGUGCUCAGCGGUACCAUCCAUGCUGGGCAGCCUGUGAAGGUCCUGGGAGAGAAUUACACCCUGGAGGAUGAGGAGGAUUCCCAGAUCUGCACUGUUGGACGCCUCUGGAUCUCAGUUGCGAGGUAUCACAUUGAGGUUAACCGUGUUCCUGCUGGCAACUGGGUGCUGAUAGAAGGAGUGGACCAGCCCAUUGUGAAGACUGCAACUGUCACGGAGCCACGAGGCAAUGAGGAGGCUCAGAUCUUCCGCCCUUUGAAGUUCAACACUACGUCUGUCAUCAAAAUAGCAGUAGAGCCAGUCAACCCCUCUGAGCUCCCCAAAAUGUUGGAUGGUCUCCGCAAAGUCAACAAGAGCUACCCAUCGCUUACCACAAAGGUGGAAGAGUCUGGAGAACAUGUGAUCCUGGGGACAGGGGAGCUCUAUCUGGAUUGCGUGAUGCAUGAUCUGCGGAAGAUGUAUUCUGAGAUUGAUAUCAAGGUCGCUGAUCCGGUCGUGACGUUCUGUGAGACAGUGGUGGAAACGUCCUCCCUGAAGUGCUUUGCUGAGACUCCCAAUAAGAAGAACAAGAUCACGAUGAUUGCUGAACCUCUGGAGAAGGGACUUGCGGAGGACAUUGAAAAUGAAGUGGUCCAAAUAACGUGGAACAGAAAGAAGCUGGGUGAAUUCUUCCAGACCAAAUACGACUGGGAUUUGCUGGCUGCCCGUUCCAUCUGGGCCUUCGGGCCGGAUGCCACUGGCCCAAACAUCCUGGUAGAUGAUACUCUGCCCUCAGAGGUGGACAAGGCGCUGCUGGGCUCCGUGAAGGACAGCAUUGUGCAGGGAUUUCAGUGGGGGACCAGGGAAGGGCCUCUCUGUGAUGAAUUGAUCCGCAAUGUGAAGUUUAAGAUCCUGGACGCAGUGAUUGCUCAGGAGCCUUUGCACCGAGGUGGAGGUCAGAUCAUCCCGACGGCACGGAGGGUUGUGUACUCAGCUUUCCUGAUGGCCACCCCUCGUCUGAUGGAGCCCUACUACUUUGUGGAGGUGCAGGCCCCAGCUGACUGCGUGUCCGCCGUGUACACUGUGCUGGCACGGCGCAGAGGCCACGUGACACAGGACGCUCCGAUCCCAGGCUCCCCUCUGUACACCAUCAAAGCCUUCAUCCCCGCCAUCGAUUCCUUCGGCUUCGAGACAGACCUGAGGACCCACACACAGGGACAGGCGUUCUCACUGUCUGUCUUCCACCACUGGCAGAUUGUGCCUGGUGACCCUUUGGACAAAAGCAUCGUCAUCCGCCCCCUGGAGCCUCAGCCGGCCCCACAUCUGGCCAGGGAGUUCAUGAUUAAGACCCGACGCAGGAAGGGCCUGAGCGAGGACGUGAGCAUCAGCAAGUUCUUCGAUGACCCCAUGUUGCUGGAGCUGGCCAAGCAAGACGUCGUUCUCAACUACCCCAUGUGAACACAUCCCUGCUGAGCCCAGGGAGCCCAGUGGGCCCAGCGCUUCCCACCUCUCAGGGCUCCUCAGGUUGCUCUUGUAUGGCUGGAGAAACCCCUUGGGGUGUUUGUGCACCACAUUCUCAGCCCCACACCGAUGCUUUAUGUGUUAUCAGAGCCCUGUGUGCAGUGAGGAGGUUGUUUUCCCUUUAGCUCCUCUCUCUGCAGGCACACAGAUGUGGUCUGGGCUGCAACGCAUCAACUUGAGUUGAAUGUUUGGACUCUUGGGGUGUGAGGUUGCUGGGUCAGCUCCUGCCUUUAGUAAUGCUGCCCGUGGGUGCUCUGCCUUCCCUUAGGUGCAGUGCUGGGGAUGGGGCUGUUCCUACCAACCUCCCCAGGAAAAGGGGCAAGUCUGGAUUUUUACCUUUAUUUUUGUACGUGUUUUUGGAAUCCUGCUAAACAUUGAAUGCAAACUUACACCCGGA